CCACUGCAAUCGCUGCUACCGCCAGGAAGGCGCCCGCUUCUCCGUCACCAGCUGCGGGCACGUCCUGUGCGAGGCCUGCCUGGGUGCAGGUAGGGAUCCCCGCAGAGCCCCUCACAGAACGGAGCAGAAAGGAGGUUCCAACUCCUGACCCGUAGAACGACAGCAAAGGGCCCCCGGGCCUUCAGCCCCACACAGCGGUGACGAGGAGGGACUCCGUGUACCUUCCCCACAGCUGGGGAACUUUUACCCUCACGAAAUGCCCACCCUAAUCUUUAGCCCACACACAAUGGAGGCACGGAGAGGCCCACCUCUUUUAGCCCCCAAAACAACCCCAGCUCCAUCCUGCUCUGAUGGCUGCAGGCUGGGCUGUUCUGGGGGGAGGUGAGUGUUGUGCCCUACCUUCUGCCAUGUGUGGGUCUUCAACCUCCUCCCCACACCACAGGGCCGUGCCCCAUCUGUGCUGCUGUGUGCCGUCGCUUCCCCAUCCCCGAGCAGAGGCUGCCGUUUUGUACCCUGGUGGGCUGCCACUUUGAAGGCACAUGGCCAUGUCGUCCUUCUCCCCCUCCUUCCCCCACUUACAGCUGGAGGAGACGCUCUUCUUAAAGAGCCCCACCGCCAUCGCCCGGCAGCGCUUGGCACACAUCUCUCAGGCCUGGCGCUUCCAGCAGGCACAGGUGGACCUGCUGCUUGCCUCCCACCGUGACACAGCGCGCCGGGCUGAGGCGGCUCUGCGGGACACCCGGCGGGCAUUGGACUCCAAGCAGAGGGAAGCGGAGGCGCUGCGGAGGGAGAACGGGGAGCUGCGGAGGCACCUGCGGGAGGCUGAGGUCUCCCCUACCUGGCGGUCAAGCAGGAGCAGCACUCCUCGGCCCAUUGGCAUCACUUCCCCAGCUACGACAGUCACCCCACAGCCUCGGCGGCAGCUCAGCGGGCAGGUGGUGAGCCGCUCAGCCUCACUGGAGUUCCCCUCGGCCAGCAGCACCCCGACGUGGCUGGCCCCAUCUCCAGGCUCCACCCCCAGUCUGGCCCACAGGGCUUCCCUGCUGGCUUCCCGUACUCCGUUGUGGGGUCCUUUCACCACUCCGCCGCUGCCGGUCCCCGUCCCGCCCGGUGAGCCCCAGCACUUUCUGUCCGCCGGCCUGCAGCCCCGCCGUGGCUGAGCCCACCAUGGCCUGGCCUCGACCAAGCUCGUACUGCAGCGCUGCCGUGUGCGGCUCAAAGAAGCGCCUUCUGGAGUGCUGCUGGAACCCCUGCAUUGUCCGGCAGUGUGGGACCAUCGCUGCCAUUUUGGAGUUCUGUGGGAUGUUUUGGGGCUGCCAGAGGGGUUCACUGCUCCCCCAUGGUGCACCGCACCCCUCCAGGCCUGACUUCCACCUCCUGCUUAGCAUCACCAUGCAGGCCAAGGGCUCUACUAUGCAGGCAGUGAGGAAACCCACGUGGCUGGCUGAGCUCUUGUGGUGGGCUUGGGCCCCACCUGCAGCACCCUGGGCUGAGGCUGCAGCUGGGGGCUCCCAGUGGAGGCUGCCUGAGGCCUGCUCUGCUGUGCCAUCUUCCAGGAAACACGAUGUGAUGCCUCCUUGGUUUGCCAUGGUGCUGUGCAAUGUGGGGCAGCUGGCUGCACCACAUCUCAACCAACAGUGUGGCUGAGCUGCAGGAGCUCUGCGGAUCACAGCAAGUCCAGCCUGAGGCUCUGCAGGGAUGGAGGGGUGAGGAGCUGCUCCAGAGAUUUUUCUUGGUCGUGGAGGGGCAACUGCAGUCUGAAUCGGGGGUGUUUUGGCACAAGGAGUCUCCUUAGUUAAGAUGGUUUUGGGGUGAAGGGACUUUUUUCUUAAGAUUGAGGUCUACAUGGUUGCAGAGUGAGGUUAAGAUAGAAACAGCAGUUGUGGGGUGAGUUACGGGGGCUACCGCAGUUGGGGAGGGUGGUGAUAAAAGCUGGAGGCCACCACACCUGAGGGCUGCAAGCUCUAGGUCAGUACUGAGCAGAGCCACGGUGCUGCUGUCUUGGGAUGCAGAGGCACCUCUACGGCCAGGAAGGUGGCAGCUGCCCUUGGACUGAGGGCUGUGGCUGUGGACUGGGUCACCUCCCUCCCUGGUGUAUAAAGUUUCCUGAUUCGUUA